AUGGACGAGUCGGCGCAAGUCUGGUCGCUCACAUUCAGCCAGCUUGGCCCAGCGGGCGCCGCUGGGCAACUGCAGCGGUGCGGCGAACUGAGCGGCGACGCCGCCUCCGUCGCAUUCCUUGAUCUGGUCGACACCUGCAGCGAGGGCGAGAGCCUCAGGGUGUACUUUGACGCCGAAACAGAGUGCGAGGCUGAUGGCGCUGCCCUGGAGCCUAUGGGCUCCGCUUUGACUGUCAUCGACCUCCCACUCGGCGGCGGCGCCACGGGCACCGAUGCGGUGGCCCGCGCAUGGGCGGCAGCGCAGUGCGCGUGGUACCCUGACGCAGCCUACGUCCGCUGCGGCCGGCCGGGGCACUACCAGGUUCGAUGCGCGCGAAUCUCUGCGCGCGCGCUCGCCGCCGCCGCGGGCGUCGCCGGCUGCCUCGUGUGGGGCGAGCCCAAGACCGCGCUCAUCCUCUCCGCGCUCCUCGCCGGCCCGGGGCCCCGCGGCGGCGCCGCGGCGCUCGCAUUCUGCUACGGCCGCCACCCCGUCGACGCAGGCCUGCUGGGGCGCGGCGCAGGGCGCGCGGCCCAGGUCCUGCUCGAGGUCUCUGCGCCCGUGGAUGACCUGUGGUGCCGCCUGCCAGGCUCCGAAUUCCAAGUCGUCAAGGGCGGCAUCGCGCAGCACCACCAGCGGCGGCUCGCAGCACUGCGCGACGCGGCCGCGGCGGCGUCCGCGGCCGCGGCUGCGGCGCUGGCGUCCGGCUUGGGCGGCCGCCGCGGCAGCGGGGGCGGGCUCGCGUGGGCGGGCGCGGAGGCAGCGGCGGUCGGGGAGCAGCAGGAGCAGGCGGCCUCGCUGGGGCCAGAGGACGCUGGCUCGCCCUUCUCCCUCGGCCUCGCUGUCGCGAGCCUGUCCCUCUGGCGCGGCGGCUCCUGCGAUUCCUGGGGCGGCGGCGGCGGCUGCGCCGCGUCCGCGCCCGCGCCGGCGUCGAGCGUCUGCCCGAGCGAGGCGUCCGCCGCGCCCGCCUCAUCUCUGACCCCCAGCACGCCGGCGUCGAGCACGCCCACCUACAAGCACGCAGCCGCCGCCGCCUCUGCCGCGCUCGGCGGCAAGCCGAGGCGCGAGUCAGACUCGAGCGGCUUCAGCGCGUUUGCCGGCAGCGCCAGGACGGCGUCAGAUGCAGAGGCCUCCCCAUUCGCGGCGCUGUGCGACGCGGCGGCGGCGGUCGACGAGUUUUGGGACGAGGCGGAGAUGGUGAUACUGCCAUGCAGGCCGGGGUUCUGA